AGAGACUCUUGACAGCCAUCUUGGAUCGGUUUUUUUUUCGCUCGCUGGCGCUGGCUAUGUUGUAUGCUUUAGUCCGUCGUCGUUUUUGGUCGCCGUUUCGUGCCACUCGUUACUUUUGCUCGUGUGUUGGCUUUUAAAUUGUCGCAAAACAACGUUGAAAACGCAGUUUUGAGCAACCUUAUCUCUCUCUGAUUGACUAUUGAUCACGUUCAACCAUUUUGUGUCAAGUGAAUUUUUACCACUAGUUUAAACCGGUUAUUUUCCCUUUUGAACAACUUGUGGUGGUGGUGAAGAAAAAAAAGGAAAGGCAGUUUGUGUCUCAUAUUCAGUCCAUGUUUCGUUGUUGGAUGUGAAAGAAUUAUCGCAGUUAACCGGGGGAAGAAAUAAUCAUAGAUUGCCAUGUUUCCAAUGGUCGCCACUCAACGUCAGUUUUGAACUCUGCAAGAGAGAGAGAGAGAGAGAGUUGUGUGGAUAUUUUGGACUCGUCGAUAUCGAAAAUAAAAACAAGUCUAGCGUGAUAAAAACAAAACAAAACAAGCAAAAACCAUGGAAGCAGAAGAAGAUUCACCGGUUGUCGACCUUUCCGUCAGUAGGAAACCGGCAGAGGCGAUGAAUCAACACCGUGAACAACAGCCGUUCAAGUUUGAUUUGGCUGACCUCCCCCAGGACUUGUCCGUCCAUCGCAGCCAUUUCAGCGCUCUGGCUGGUAUCAAUCCAACACCUGCUCACGGAGGGGCUGGAUUCAGUGGCAACGGUAACGGCGUUGGCCGCAGCGCUUUGAGUCCUCUACCUGUUCAGGCUCAUAUGCAAUCCCCUUUCAUUCCACUUCACCAUCGAUCUGGAGGAGUCACGCCGACUAGUAAAAAUCCCUGGCCAAAAGAUGAAAUUCAGGUAACGCGAAUCGAAAAGCCUAAAGAGCGUGACGCCAAUAAGGAAAUGGAUCGGCCGAUCAAAGAUGAAAUUGAAGUGGUUCACCUGAAGGAUGGAUCGCGUUCAUCGAACCGGCGGUCGUUCCGCCCACUCUCGAUACGCCCGGAUAACAACCAAGUUGUCUACACGAUUAAAAACUCUGAAGAAGGACGCGUCAACGGCUACAGCAAUGGUUACGGCAGUGCCAGCGAUAUGGAAAUCAACGAUGAACUACCCGAUGAUGAAGCGGAUGAUCUAAGUGAUGAUGCCCAGGGUGAAAAUCUGGAAGAUUUACCCAUGCCUCCCUCUCCGGUUAGAAAGGAAAUGACCGAGACGGAACGGUUAGAGAAUCAACUACUUAUACAAAGGCUGCAAGCCGAGUUGAGGACAGAAGAGAUGCGAUUGGUACUGCUCAAAAAGAUUCGACAAACUCAGCUUUUAGCUGCCCAACAACAACAACAACAGCAACAACAACAACAGCAGCAGCAACAACAGCUCCACCACCAGCAGCAGCAGCAGCAGCAACAACAACAACAGGCAAAUUUGACAGUUGCCUCAAACUCUCACGACGUCAAAACAGGACCACCAGCUACCAGUACGAAGCAGCCUCAUCCUGCCCACUUAUCGAUUUCGUCACCUCAGCAGCAGCAGCAGCAGCAACAACAACAGCAGCAGCAGCAGCUUCAUCACCACCAUGGGGGACAGCACGUGAAAUCGAGCAGUAAAAACAACAACAACCACAUGAGCUCGUCGCCGUCUUCCCGAAAUAGUUCAAACUCGCAAAAUUCAUCACGCCAUUCGACCAAUGUUGCCAACAUGGCCAUGAAUUUACUUCAUCAACAACAGCAACAGGGACAUCGCAAUUCCAAUAGUAACGUUUUAUCGCCGCUAAUGCAGCAUCAGCAACUUCAGCAACACCAGCAACAACUGCUGAGAGGAUCGGCUGGACUUUUGGCGCACAGCAGAGCACCUAUUACGACACCCCCGAAUGUAGUAAUGGGACUAGCUAUCGGCUCUGGUGCUCCAUCGCCUUCGUCUCCAAGCAUCCAGGGGCAUGACAAACGCGACCACAUGCGAACAAGCACCUCGUCGCCCAAUGUUGCCCAGUCUGGCUCGUCCAGCACGCUCGGUCUCCAUCAUCACACAAGUGCUUCUAGCUCCCGGCAAGUUGAAGAUCCUCAGACAGCUGCCCAAAGACAAGCAGCCGCCAAAUUAGCUUUAAGGAAGCAAUUGGAGAAAACUUUACUUCAGAUCCCACCACCUAAACCUCCUCCACCUGAAAUGCAUUUCAUCCCCAACCCGAACAAUACCGAAUUCAUCUACUUGUUGGGCUUGGAGGCCGUCGUCGAUCGACUAACUCAGGGUGCAGACCAUCCAACUCCGCCCAUCCCGUUCAUCUGCUCCCAGUGCGGCACAGACUUUUCGUCGCUGUGGAAAUGGGACAAAGCCGCAACACUAGAGAAACCAGCAGUGAUGUGUGAUCAGUGUGUGACCAACAACGUCAAAAAGGCCCUGAAAGCGGAGCACACGAACCGACUGAAGACGGCUUUCGUGCGAGCUUUGCAGCAGGAGCAGGAAAUCGAACAACGUCUGGCGCAAGGUGGCAACAUCAGUCCGCCUAUUCCUCCACAUCAUCCGAUGCCAGCUCCGUCCCACGCCAGCGCCAGCGUCCAUUCCAAAGCGUAUGACUCGCUACCGGCCUCUACUCAAAUUAUCCCCUUCUCCACAAAGUCCAUCAACAGUGGAACGCCAGCUCCCGCUCACAGCCCAUUAGUCGGAUCACACUCGGCCGUGAGCUUGAGCAUAGCCGUUGGCAAGGAUCGAAUGGAGCGAGAGCGCGACAGAGAGCGCGAGAGGGAGCGUGAAAGGGAACGAGAAAUUCGUGAACAUCGUGAAAGGGAACGCGAGAGAGAAAGGGAUCGCGAAAGGGAAAGAGAACGGGAGCGUGAACGAAACGAGAACCGCGAACGUGAAAAGGAGAGACAGGCGAACGCAGCGGCGGCCGCUGCUGCCGCCGCCGCCGCAUCGGCCAGCUUCGAUUUCUCGAAAAUGCCCGACCCGACCAAGCUCUUUGGUCAUCAAAUGUCUGCAAUGCAAAAUGCUCUGCAAGCCCAGCUGCUGAGAGGCAUGGGAUUGCCUUCGGGAUCGGCCUCCAUGUCGAGUCACGCUCACAACCCUCUCAUGAAUCCCUUCUCUUCGCUGCUGUACCCUUAUCAGCUGGCCAUGGCCGCUUCGGCUGCUCAAGCAGCAGCUCAGGGCAGAGGCAAUAGCGGCGGUGGUGGAUCCGGAGGAGCUGGAGGCAGCGGAAACAGCAGUCGAGACAAUAGCGCCGCUGCCUUUACCGCCGCCAGUUUGGCCGAACUGCAGCGGCAAUAUCUGCUGGACAUGCUCCCACACCUGCCCAACAUGGCCGCUGCCGCCGCCAGCAGUGCCGGCUCCCGCUCGUCACAGGGCCAAAGCCAGGGUCAUGGCGAUGGUCGUCAAAAUUGGAAAUCUUGAGCAAGUAGACGUCCCCCUCAAAAUGUGUCUUUGUGUUGUCAACUCCGCUCUGAUGGGCAUUUGCAUCCGCCGGCAGCAGCUGACUUGCCUGAGCCAAGACGUUCUUUUUUUUUUCUUUAUUAUUAAUAAUUAUUUUCAAUAUUUCUUGCGGUUUCGUUAUGAAUAUUCACCCCCCAUUUCUCUGUUGACUUUCGAUUUAAUAAGCGAACUGGUUCCAUGCGUAUGUCAAAUCACUAACGAUUAACUAAAAACAAAAAGGGAGGCUGUUCGAGAUCUCACGAUCGUCUUUGCUUCAUUCAGUUUAGUGAACCAGUAAGAAAUUUUGUCUCGAUUUUCCAUCGUGGUUCAUCACACUCCAGGCAGGGUACGACUGUCGUUACGUGCGCCCUGAUUUGCCUUAUGAACUCAAGCUAAAAAGACACCCAACAACCACGACAAAUCCAUAUUUGAUAUAGGACAAAUGCAGCGAUGUUAUCUUUUGUUUCUUAUUAUUAGAGAGGUAGCAAAGCGUAGAACUGCAGUGACACAGAAGGGACUCAUCAGCACAUAUUCUCUGUGAUGGGCCGGAUGCUGGAACGCUCAAAUGUUGCAUGUGGAAUAUUAUGACAUAUAACCCUCCCCCCCUCCUCCUGAAAGGCAAAUUUGGCCAUGUACUGCUUUUCAUCCUCUAUACUGUUGUUUAGAUGCACUAACUCGUGAUUUUUUCAAAACUUCAUCUGGCGAGUGCGCCUUCUCUUGUUGCAGAUCUGAUCAUCAGCACAACCCUACCCUCCUGACAUGAAUUUUUCCCCCCACCCCGUUUUCCUAUAAUUUCCAUGUGUCUUUACUUCCCUCUUGUUUCUCGUGAUCUAUUAAACUUACGUCAAGACAACGGACAUGACUGUCUCAUUUGGCAUGGUGAUGAAAAUGCGGGAUUGCACGGCUGACAUUCUGGUAUCCUCGAGUGUAUGUGUGUUUGUAUCUGUCUUGAGAGAAGUGAACAAGAAACGUGUUUCCCAAUCGU